AUGUCUGGAGAGAAGCAUCGCCGGGACGUGCCCAUGCUGAUGUACGAGCCGCACCAGGAGCGCUCCAGAGCGGAGCCCUCUGCCCCGGAGCUCGGCCAGGAGGGGGGCUACGAGUACCCUUCUCCCCCACCCUACUCCUACCGAGAAACCACCAUCGUCGAGGAGCCCGUUUAUUUGGUGCCCCAGCCUCCGAUCAUCGUGGCAGGGAUCUUCUCCAGCAAACCAACAUCCACCAUCUGUCCUUCCUGCCGCCAGCACAUCACCACCCAGGUCACCUACAGACUGGGCAGGCUGUCCUACCUCCUGUGCACCAGCCUGUGCAUGGUUGGGUGCUGCUUCGGAUGCUGCUUCGUCCCUCUCUUUGUGAAGAUCUUCAAGGAUGCAGAUCAUUACUGCCCAUGCUGCCAAUUUCACAUUUAUAGAUACAAAAGACUAUAGAAACAAAGUUUAUGUAAAAAAAAAAACAACAACAACAACAAAAAAACACAGUUGAUGUAAAGCCUCCAUUUCCUAAUGGCACAUAGGAUUCUGCACAUGAAACUACUGCUAGGAAACCCACAGGACUAUGCUUAGGUUCUGCAGCUCCCUUGCUGGUGCACCCACCUGGUAAGCUCCAGUUCACCACCACAUGGUUGGACUGGCUUUAAAACAAACAAACAAACAAAAAAAUACUUCCACGACUAAUUUGCAGUGUUUAUGCUGUGUUUGAUUCACUGCCCUGUGAAGUUUCCAGUUGGUGAGUACUUCAGCUCCUCUCAAAUCUUCCCACCCAGCUGUGACACAGACUACUCUGGACCUCAGCCCACCACUAACCAAGGCCUGGACAUGCUGGACAUCAUGGAGGUUUCAGAGAAGCUCUUACAU